UGUAGAUUUUCUUAAUCGGACGGAUUACCGGGUUAAGUGAUGAAACGAUUUAACGAGACACAAAACUGCCUGAACGUUUAAUUUGCGUGUUCGUUGCUUACUCGGUUUUCGCCUAGUGCUCACGAUUCACGCCGAAACACGCGCACCCUACAACGAUGUCUGACGAUGUCGGCCGUACUAUCCGCGUUGACGUUUUGGGCGACGAUAACCUGUUCCGCAACGGACGAGUGGUGGACAUCUCGGAUAACGGGCUCUUCGUCGACUUCUUCUGCCCCAACCGACGACGCGAAUUCACCCCGUUCAACCGAAUUUUCCAGAGUAAAAAGACAUUGAAGGAUAAAGACCUGGCCACUGCCUUCGCUUACGCCAAACCCAACAUGACCAUUCCCGUGGAUGCCCUGGUGCUCGAGACACCCUCCGGUCCGUGGAUCUGGAUCCCGGCUGAAAUCAUCAAUAUGGCACGGGGUAUCCGGCAGACGGCAUGCGGCGUAGCCGUUGUACAGUGGAUAGGGGAUAUUCCGCGUAUGGAUCUGGUUCCUCUGGAGCGAUUGCGGUGGAGAGUGGCAGGCAAAUGGUGGGCCACUAUCGGUCGAAAGGAUCCAGCGCAGCAUUCAGCCUCAAACAAAUGGCAUAACGGCGGCUAUAGGCUAAGCGAAAUGGUCACGCGGCCUAAGCUAAUCAAACCAGGGACCUUCGAGAAACAUAGCGCAGCGUUUCCGGAAAACUGCCGCGAUGUGGACGUCGACAAACUGCUCCAGCACUUAAAUGGUCCAGCAUGCCGUUAUUUGGAGAUCGGAGGCCAACCGGUUUCCUUCGCGGCCGUGAUGGACGGACGUGUGUGGUACGUUCGUCGGCCGAGUAAAAAGUGGUAUUAUUUCCCCCGGGAUCAGGCCGCCGUCAGUAUGUAUGAAGAUCUCCUUACCAGACGUGUAGGCAAAAUUACUGCAAUGUUGGUCGAAGAAAGCACACCGUCUGUGGAAAUUGACGAUGUACAUGUCCUACCCUCGGCUGUGCUGCUGGAAGUUUUCGCUCAUUUGGAUACUCGAACGCAGACCGGAUUACGCUCCGUUUGCUUUGCGUGGAACGGGAUCCUGGAGUCACCAGUGUUGGCGGCUUGCAUCGUUGUAACUGUUGACUUCUCCUGCGAAGAGAAUGCCUAUCAGAGGAAGCGCAGCCCGAAGGAUUACUUUCUCAUGUCACCGGUUUUCAAGUGCCUUCGCAAAUCCACUCAACAUAUCGUCGUUGACACUCGCGGUUGGUCAAACACCGGCGAUUUCCUCGCGCUGACUGAUGGGAUACAAUUUACCUGCCAGAAAACAGGGACCCGAUUGCGAACGAUCCAUUUAGCGGGAGUGCACUUAGAACUGCGACUCGGCCAGGCUGCAAACUAUCCCGAGAAGUGUAAGCUGCAUCGCUACGGCGCCGACAGUACCGACUGCCUUUUGAGCUCCCCCUCUCGCCUGGUCGAUUUCGUCACUGCUUGCGGUGGUCUGCUGUGCGAUUCCAUUCAUCUGGUCAACUCUACUAUAGUUCUGGAGUACGCUAUGAAACAGCCGUAUGUGGAGGAACCGGACAAGAUGGAGCUCUCGGUUCGCCGGUUAGAUUGCCGCUUGACUUUGAAUGAUGCUUUGAACCGAGCGCUGUGGGAUGCCCUGGAGGGAUGCGUUAAGGGGAGGCUGGAGGAAACCCAGUGAGGAGCAGCUGUUUACCUUGUCAGAGUGGCUGACUUCUAUCCGUGCUGAGGAGAAUCAGCGAUUCGAGAGAGAACUGGUCUGUGGGAUGUUGUGUGCGACGCAGACAGCUGACCCGCGUCCAUCGUCCCAUUACCGUGGCAAGGAAUGGUGCGUUGCCGGCCUCGACGAUUUGCAACUGGAGAGACUGUCUUCGAUUGCGCUGCACUUCCUGGUUGAACUGUCUGAAUAUUUUGCGCAAAGCGACCACGAUGCCGAAUCGUACUACAGUGACGGCGGGUCAGACCACUGUUCUUCGACGGAUGACGAUUCUGAUGAGUGAUGAAGACUGAAGCCGUAGUAGUAGUAGUGUGCGU